GCGUACUUGUACGAAAGAGAGAGGGACUUGGAAAUAAAUUGGGGGUCUAAGCCGGUAAAGUUGCUCAAUUGGGUAAAGGGCGAAUUAAGUUCAGGAAAACCCUCACCGCCUCCACCCUGCGUUCUUUCAGUUGGGUGGAUCUUGACCAUCGAUCCCCAAUUUCCCACGGUAUGUUAUCGCCGAACGCCACCAUCACCACGGAGGCUUAUCACCGUCAAUCACUUCGUCCGGUAGUUUUCGGAACCUUCCCGAUUCACAUGAAACUCAUCAGCAUGCAUCCGGCCGGCCCAACCACAGGCGGCAUACAUGUUAUGUUCAAGUAUUUCUUAUUGCUACUUGACAACUAGGCAAUUUAUGUGGUGUAAAUUCCAUUACAAUUGAAGAUGGUGAUGAACACUUGCCACUUCUCAAAAGAGCAAGAAUUCACAUGGGUAGGUCAUCUCAUGCGUUGGAGGAACUUGUUUUUUCAGUAGAGGAAGGACAAAGUUUUGUAAUAGCCCCACAGAACAGUUUACUGGGUUGCUGAAUGAAGGAGAUAGUGCUAUUGCUCGAUACUCCUCUCCAUUGAAUAAAUGCUCUAUGAAAGUGGAAUAGUUAUGCAGUAGAGAAUUUGGCGCUUAACAUGCUGGUGAAUCUGCUUUGCCCCAAUCUAGACGUCUUCACCGUGCUUUACAGGCCAUGUCAGCUAACACUUCUGAAGAGAAUCAAAGGGAUUUUGGGGGACUGUCGAAAAUAUAUGAUUCAAUUGGUGGAUGCUCUUCUGCUGGUAAUUACAAUGGGUCAUUAGACAGUCGUGAAGUAGAUAAUUAAUCUGGGAGGGAGAGAAUGGAGAAACUUUUGAGAAAUGCUGCUAUAGAAAAUUAUUCAAGUCAGCUCAUUACAGGAACUGCUAUAUCAGUGGACGUCCCUGAUAUUAAGCCACCUAAUGUUAAGGAUUUGUAAGCCAAAGUUGAAGCACCUUAUGGACACGUAGCUCGGAUCAUCAAAACCUCAGAGGGUAAGAUGGCCAUAAGUUCCUCCUGAACAGAUGAUAUUGCUCAUAUGCAUACUUUGGAGGUUAAAUGCAGCGAAACAGCCAGCUUGUGUCUACAGUCAUUUGAUGAAACGAUGCCUUAUGUCAUGUGUUUGGAUCUGGAGUGUACCACAGGGUUCAUAUUUGAUCAUUAUGAUACACAAUUACAUAUUCAUACAAGAAAUAUGGACUAAGCAAGACGAUGAAAUGUAAAGUGAUGAAAUAUCCAAGGCUUAAACGGGCUGCAGAUUGACGCUGAAGGAUUCAAAUGGUUGUAUCCCCAAUUGAAAAGAUAACGAGUUCUUCAUUGCAAGAACUGCAUCUGUCUGUUCAAGCUCUAUAUCUGAUGAACAAUUUGGUGAAAAGCCUGUCCCAAUUACCUUGACAUCAUCAUUUCUUACUGAGGGGUUGGAUUAGAAUGAACGGUCAUCUCCUCAUAAUACUUCAAAAUGCAAUAUUUCUAAACCAGAUGAUUUUGUCCUUGAUAAACCAAAGGCUGCAUACAAAAUGGGCAGCAAAAGAGAAGUGAUUGCUGCUCUGGCUUAUUUUGAAUAUAUUUUAAUAGCACUAACUCGGACUAAGAAAAGCAUUGGUAGUAACACAUGUUUCUAUGGACUGUGCUAAAUCUGGGAUUGCCACUAAGGUGGGUUAUAUACUACGGUGUUGAUGGUUUGGCAUGAAAGGACGGUACUUCCUAAAUCAGUCAUUCGCUCUCUCAUAACAGAGCUUCAGUCAUUAUCUGGUUUUUCUUCUGGUGGUGCAGUCUCCCGCCCCCUUUAAGAACAGAGAGGUCUUUUGAUGAUCCAAGCCCAGAAAUUUAGGGUAUGAUGGCAGAUGAAUGUGGAAGAUAUGUAGAUAUUUAGAGUCAAAGUUCAACUUAGAAGAUCGUGAAAAGUCAAAAUGGGAAGAUCUUUGUGUUACGGAGGUCGGAUCUGCAACGGUGGAUGCUGGUUAUGCAGAAGCGGAGGCUGGAUCUGCAGCGAUGGAGGCCGGAUCUACAACGACGGAGGCCAAAUCUGUAGGGACGGCGGCCGGGGGUCGGAGGCGGCUAGAUCUGGCCAGAUCUACGGCGGUGGCGGACAAAUCUACGGUGACAACGGCCGGAUUUGUAGCGUUGACCGGUUCUGCGGCGACAGCGGCCGGAAACCGGCGGCAGUCCGAGCUUUUGUUGGCAAGAGUUGGUUUUGCUAAGUUUGAGGGCAUUUUUGUCUGGUUACAAAUAAUAACUCCUAUUUGGGAAAAUUUUAAAAUUUACUCCUCUUUUAGCAAUUGAUGAUUUAUUUACUCCCAUUUAGGUAAAUCCCUCG